AUGGCCUACCCACACCCUCCGCCAGCAAGCUCUAACGGAUCUCUUUCGAUGGUACCCCCCCAUCUCAGAUACCACGAACCAGCCGAACUCACUGAGCGACAAAAGAACUUGGUCAAGCACUUGCAGGCCUCAAAAGGGAAGACCAGCCUGAUUGCACCGGCAUACUUCGCACUCUCAUGCUUUGGGAAGCUCAUUUUUGGCUUCGGGGCCUCCCUUGCCGUCAAAGGUGCUGUGGGCAAGAACGACACAACAGUGGCCGUCGGAUCGGCUCUCUGCGGCGCUGGCUUUGUCUGCAUCGUCAUCGUCGCCUUUGGAUUCGGUGCUGCUUGCUCUAGGAUCGACAAAAAACGUGGGAUCUUAUUCAAAUGUUGCUCUGUCUCAUCGGCUAUUUUCAUCGCCGCAGGCUAUGCCCUCAAUCAGUAUUACGUCUCCGAGCAUCGUUCAUUGCUCGAUAUCCGAUGCAGCUUUAUUCCUCUGUUUUUCGGAGGCGCCUUGCUGGUUGUUUCCACCUCCAACUUCACCGCAUACACUGAGCUGGUCAAAGGAGUCACUCCAUUCGUGCCUAUCGCACGGAGGCCCCUGACAGCCAUAUGCAUGCUUGCUCCAGGAUUUGGGACGGUCUUCGGUGGUUGGAUCACGGGUGAGAAGGGGGAAUGGCCCGUGGCGUUCAACGCAGUUGUCCUUACACUCGCCAUGGCCUGUCUGUAUGGCGGAACGGCUCUCUUUUGGUCAGAUCAUCUACGGAAGGAAGCCGAAUGGGCGGAGGCAUGCAUGAUCAUCGGGGAGUACAAGGGCAAAGAAGCUUACUUUGGCGACUCCUUAAAACCUCCUUCUGAUGACACCGUUUGA